AUUUUAUUAAAUUUAGCUAGCUUUAUAAUAUCGAAUUAUAUUCAUCAAUUUGUGAUAUUCAUAUUUCCAGUAUAAUACAUGUAUGUGAUUUUAUAUAUGUGAGAUUAUUAAGGAAUUUGAAGAAAAUUUUACAUAAUUUCGAUUAUAGAUACUCUACUUUGGCUGGCCACAAUGAUGAUUUGGAGACAUAUUGUGGUUAUAUUUGGAAUUUUUUGUGUCACAAGCGCAAAAUUUACUGACCUUGAGAACUUUAUACGUGUAAUCGGUUCAUUGAAUUCAAGUGAUUCGGCAAUAAGUUAUCUAAAUGGAUCAGUAUACGGUAAGCAACCUGGUACAAAUCUGCAAAAACUAUUUAACUUUGAAGGUUACAACAUAAACCGGAAAUUACGUCAGCAAGAUGGUAGCUUCCUUUCGCUGUCACGUGAGUUUGUUGUUUAUCGGCAACCAAACACGUCUCAGAUUCUUCAAGUUUGGAUCAACAAAUGGACAAAUAAAGCCAACGAAAUUUUCUAUGUGGCAAAUGAUCCGGUAAAUGCUGUUUUGGACAGCCCCUCACCGUCACAGACACUACCACAUUACCGACCGCAAUAUUUGGUCUACAACGCCGAUAUUGUUCUUGAAUACCCUAACCCUUUGUCGCCAGACAAAUACGGCAAUUACUCGGCUGGACCUAUUUAUGAUUCUGUCGAACUGUUUGCGUUCUUUGCUAAUUACAUCGAUCUAUUCAAUAGAACAGAUUCAAGUAUUCCGAUGACUGGUACCUGGAUGAGAAAAUCUGAAUACUUGCCAUGGAUGGAAAUGGCCACAACAGCUGGAGGUCUUUAUUAUACAACAAUGGCUUGGAAAUGUAAUGAAGGUGAAGGACUAAGUUGUGUUGCGGAUGAUAUCAUGCAAUUAAUAAAAAAGUACUAUCCAAAAUACGAGUAUGCCCCAAGCAAAGAAGAGGAGCCAAAUGAAACGUCGUGGACUGUCUUUAAGAAAGUUGUUGACCAAAGAAGAGAAGCAGGUCUUCCAGAUAUAAUCAUACCGGAAGUUAACACUACAAGUAACAGCCGAACCAUGUCUAAUGAUGUCGACGAUCGAGUUCUUAACUUGCUAUAUUCAUGGCCAUUAAGCAUGGCGGUAAAUGGGUCAGCAUGGUCAGAAAUCCCGGGAAAACAAUCCAUUUGCUUGUUUAAUAUUAAUGGGAACUUCCAAUUUGAUCUUGAACAUUUACCUGAAUAUAAUGGAUAUCGGGUUCAGCUUGAUGGUUUUUUAAUUGUUCGGGAUCCAAAAACUGGAAUGAUACUUAAAAAUUUUACAAAUCCUAUCACUGGUAAAAAUAAUACAUUGCCAAAACCAAUAGUUGGAUUAGAUUUUGUUUUUAGCAAGGACUCAUUUUACACGAUGGACAUACCGUCAUCGAAAGUUGUUGGGCUUCUUGGCGCACAAUCAAGCGAAGGUUCUCACAAUAGUUGGUCGGUUAAUAUGAUCAAUCUUAUUUUUCCGUAUAGUGAGCUGAGUAAAUCCCCGCCAUCAGCUCACUUUUACGGGACUCUUGGAUCUUUCUCUAGCUGGCCUACUUGGAUGGAAAUGGAUGAUGUUCCCGGAAAUAUUGUUGUAAAGCUAACCGUUUCAAAAUAGACAUUGAGUACUGUAAUAGUAAACUGAACUUGACUCCAAAGGCAUUCAGAUUCGGAUAAUUUUAAUAGAUUGUAAACCGAAAACAAGUUUCGAAUGAUAUAAAUAGUCUUUAAACUUUUGAUAUCCAAUUGAAUAAUAGAAUGGACACAAUAUGACACUAUUACAAUAUACAUGUACUACAACAAUGUUAUAAUGUAUUGAAGGAAAUACAUGUACUAUCACAGUAUUGCAAAACCUGGAAUACCCAUAUAUUAACCGUACAUUUACACAUAUAUAUAUUAUCAUUAAAUUUAUAUUCAAUGUCAAUGCAGU